UUAAAUUUUAGAAUUUAAAUCUUAAAAAUUUUAAUUUUUAAAAAUAACAAUAAUUUUUAAAAAAAAUUAAUUUUUUCGAAAUUCCGAGGGACGAAAGUUCCUCGGAAUUUUCCGAGGGACUGAAAUUCCUCGGAAUUUUCCGAGGGAAGAAAAUUCCUCGGAAUUUUCCGAGGGACUGAAAUUCCUCGGAAUAUUCCGAGGGAAGAAAGUUCCUCGGAAUUUUUCGAGGGACAAAAGUUCCUCGAAAUUUUCCGAUAAACAUUCCGAGGAAUAUUUCGUCGAAACUUCCGAGGAUUGGACCAUCGGAAUUCCAUCGAAAUAUUCAGAGGAAGACGUCCCUCGGUAUAUUCCGAGGAACCUUCCGACGAACUCUGUGUCCUCGGAGUUUCCUCGGAAUUUUGUUUCCUCGGAAUUUCGUCGGAAAUAUCCGACGGAAUUCCGAGGAAAUAUGAAUUUCCGAGGAGAUAUUUCCGACGACUUGUUUCGUCGGUAUGUCCUCGGAAUAGCGUUAUUCCGACGACAUACCGACGAUUUUUUCCCUCAGUAUGCGGAUGUUUUCUUGUAGUGUGAGGUCACAGUGAUUCCAAGCUUGAAAAACACCCGGCAAGGAAGAAGAAUUGCAAUGGCUUGGAAUGGUGAGCAAGAGUUACAGAGUGCAGAUAAUCAACGAUAGCGAGACCAGGAGCCACCUUGGAGAGCCAUAAAAAAUCAUCAGUGAUUUGGAGAAGACAGAGCCAACCGGUAGAUAUUUGUACAUGAUCUAUUCAUCCCGUGACACUGAGUGAAUUUAAAGAAGGGGGAAUGUUGGAGAGGGAUUGCAUCCCUCCACAAAGCAUGCCGAAUACAAAAGUUCUGCCCAAGGACUCAGCCAAGCAGCCAAGAUCGGCUCUCAAGGACUCUAACACAUUACAAUCAGCCUAAGAGCUCGGCCCAAAGACUCGGCUCAUUAAUCUCAGCCCAAAGACUCGGCACAUAAACUCAUCCCAAAGUCUCGGCCCAUAAGCUCGGCCCAUAAGCUCGGCCCAAAGACUCGGCCCAGCUUAUUAGGUCUAGUCGACUUUUGAGCAAACGGAAAAAGAGUCAUGGGUAUAAAGAGAGGAUGUGAGGCAUUAGGAAGAAUAGAGAAAUACACUUUCAAACAAAUUGACGCCGAACUAGAAUUUCUUCUUUACUCUCACUGACUGAACUUGUCCUUUUCACUUAUGCUCGCCGAAUAUUUCAACUCAUUUUCUCGUUCAACAUUUUAAUCUUUCUUAUUGAUCAAUAAAAAGUGUGUUCAAAAUUACCCACAAUAAAGUUUGUUCAUCUCCUAAGAGCCGACCAAACUCAUAUUCAAUAGUUGGUGUCCACGUGGGACUAUUCAGAGUAACGCUAAGAAGAUCAGUAUGAGAACCGACGACUUAACCAACAGAGAAGAGACUCCGGCCACAGAAGAUGCAACCAUGAUGGAAAUGAUGAAAAGCAUCAUGGACCUUCUUUCUCAGCAAGAAGAAACCAAUAAGGCAACUAACGGGCGUCUCGCGGUCAUAACCGUUGUCAUCACGCCACCAGCUGGCGAUGUCAGUGGCCCUGUAGUGAUAAAGAGUCAGCUUUUCCAGACUGAAAACUCUACGGUUGGAGGAAGAAUGCACAUAACAAACCUGUAAAUCGCCGACCUCCUGAUCUCGAUGCAAUAUAUCAAUUCAAAGAUCCACCAACUGACGAAUUUUGAGCCUGGAGCGCAUCUGAAAUCCCCCUUUAAGAAGAGAAUCAUUGAGGUCAAAAUCCAUCAAAUGGAAAAGAUACGGAUCCCAUCGUACUUCGGCGAGACAGAUCCCACCGUACUCCGUCGAGACAGAUCCCAGAGACCAUAUAACUGCGUUAAACAUAGCCAUGGGACGAAUACACUUUGCUGACGAAAAUAAAGAUGUCAGAUAAUGUCAGUAUUCGUAGAGAGCCAUAAGGGGCUCAACGUAGUUUUGCAGAAUAUCCAAAAUUUCCAUAGACAGCUUCCACGAAAAAUCGGCUAAAUUCUUGAAACAUUACAUAAUAUUCAUUCGUUAAGAAGCCUCAGCGUCCAACCUGUGAAAAAUAUCUCAAGCUCCAAGUGAGGAGUUCAAAUGGAGAAGUUCAAGCAGGUGGUAUCGUUGAUGUGCUUUCGGCGGUUAGUAUACUAAUAAAUACAUAAUAUAAAUAUUUUGAUUUGUAAACAAUAAUUUAUAUCAUAUUAUCAUAUUAUUAUUCUAUAGUAUAAUUUUUCUUUUUUUUGAAAAACUUUAGUAUAAUUUUAUUGUUAAAAUGUUAUGAUUCUUAGACGAUUUAGAAGUUAAGCAAUUCAUAAAAAUUGUCGCCGUUUAAACCCUUUUUGGAACAUUGAAGUUGAUUUAACUUUUAGUUUCAUAUAUUGGAAAAUUGUACAAUAUAAAUUAUAUAAUCAUAUAGGAACAUAAAAGUGAAAAGAUUAUUGAAAGGGUUUCUAAAUAUAUUAUGGAAUCAAAUACAGACAUCUAUAUAUAGGAUUGAUAUUUUAUGUUUUUAUAAUCAUAGGUUGCUAAAUAAGAAAAUGAGUCACGAUAUCAUAAUGUAAACAAUCCCAAGCAAAGACAACACACAUCAUCAUGUUCACCCCAAUAACAAUCACUUGCAAAGUACAUACACACAAACUCAUAAUAAACACAAAUAUUAUUUAAUUUAAUAUAUAAAAUAAUAACCCUUUAAUUAGUUAAGACAUCACACCAUGAAAUUUCACAAUUCCCCAUACAAACUCAUAUCCAAGAACUUCAAAAAAUGGUAAGAGGCAUCUUCCACAUAUGCCUCUUGGCAUCGUUUCUUCUUCUGCCACAAUUCUCUUCCACCGUAAACUACCGUGGCUUCACCGUUGGAGCAAAUGUUCCUUCUCCAUGGGACCAUAAUAUUCCCCCACCACCAGAAACCACACCAUUCGCAAGCCCCACCACCAGUCCUCCAACCACCUCAGCUCAAUCCCCUGGUCCAGCGGCCGCAUCGUCUCCGAUCAACAACAGCUCUAUCUCCGGCGACAUGACAUGGUGGUGCAAUAAGACUCCACACGCUAAGACAUGCACCUACUACUUCCAAAAGAGCCCAGACCGCAACAUUAGCCGACCACCAAGGUUUCGGUCCGAGUUUCUGCGAAUGCUGGUCCAUGUAGCACUUGACCAAGCCGUCAUUGCACACGCUCAAACAGUUAAAUUAGGUCAGAGCUGCACCAAUAACCAACAGAAAGGCGCUUGGUCAGACUGUGUAACGCUAUUUGAAAAUACGGUCACUCAGCUGAACCAGACGUUCAACGGACUUAACCCGGGGGCUUCUAGUGAUGUGAAGUGUUCAGACUUCGACGCACAGACGUGGCUCAGCACGGCUCAAACCAACAUCCAGACAUGCCGGUCUGGCGCGGAGGAUCUGAAAGUCUCAAAUUUCGUCAUGCCGGCCAUCUCCAACAAGAACUUGUCGGAUUUGAUUGGAAACUGCUUGGCCGUCAAUGGAGUUCUCAUGAAGCAACAUAAUCAUAAGACUGCUAACCACAAAGAAUAUUUCCCAAGCUGGGUCUCAAGACACGAAAGACGAUUACUCGUAUCCGCAUCUUUAGCGAAAUCGAGACCCCACCUAGUGGUGGCACAGGACAGGUCCGGCCAUUUCCGGUCAAUUCAAGCUGCGAUAAACUUCGCAGGAAGACGGAGAAUCAAGUCAAGAUUCGUAAUAUAUGUGAAGAAAGGUGUUUACAGAGAGAACAUUGAAGUUGGCAACGAUAACCACAACAUCAUGCUCGUUGGCGACGGUGAACGAAAAACAAUCAUCACCAGUGCUAGAAGUGUCAAGGGUGGCUAUACCACCUAUAACUCAGCAACAGCGGGUUUUGGAGGCCAAAGGUUUGUUGCAAAGGACAUGACAUUCAUCAACACGGCAGGGCCAUUACGCGGCCAAGCUGUUUCUGUUCGGUCAUCUUCUGACCUCUCUGUUUUCUACCGUGUCGGUAUCCAUGGAUUCCAAGACACUCUCUUCAUUCACUCGCAACGUCAAUUCUUUAGAGAAUGUUACAUCUCAGGCACCAUAGACUUCAUCUUCGGAAAUGCAGCUGUCGUAUUUCAGAACUGCAUGAUUCUUGUCCGAAGACCUCUGCAUGGCCAAGCCAACGUUAUAACCGCUCAGGGUCGUGGUGACCCUUUUCAGAACACAGGUAUAACCAUCCAUAGCUCAAGGAUAGUCGCUGCUUCUGAUUUGAGGCCUGUGAUUCGAGCUUACAAAACCUAUUUAGGCCGACCGUGGCAAGCGUAUUCGCGUGUUACAAUCAUGAAGACCUAUAUAGAUAACUCAAUAAGUCCCUUGGGAUGGUCUCCUUGGUUAAGAGGUUCCAACUUUGCUCUCAAUACAGUUUUCUAUGGAGAGUAUAAAAACUUCGGACCAGGUUCUUCUACAAGGUGGCGUGUCCGGUGGAAAGGCUUCCACGCCAUAACCAAUGCUGCUGUUGCUUCCCGGUUUACUGUGGGAAGCCUCAUCGCUGGUGGUUCAUGGUUGCCUUCUACUGGCGUUCCGUUCAAGACAGGGUUGUGAGGAGAGUUGCAUGUUUUAUCCUAAAGACUAGUGUGAUAUUUUAAACACCUUUACCUUAUUUUAAAACCAACAAAUUAUUCUAUAUAUCAAAAGAGACACGGGUAUUAAACACCUUUGCUCUAACACUACAUUUUUUUCUCUAACGCUAUAUCUUUCCCGCUUAAAAAUCUGUCACAUGUUAUGAACCGAUAUGUGAAUGCCAUAACCAAAUAGGCAUAUUUUCUUAGACAGUUUUCUUUUCUUUGUAUGCUUAGGAUUUCCUUUUCCUCACGCUGUAGCUGAGGAGAAUGUACAGGCUGCUUGACCCAGAACGUUACAUGAUUACAAUAGUGCAGACCAAUACUACGCCAAAAAAACUGCAAUUCGUCCCCUACCUUUCAGAGGAACGAUUUCGAACUGAAGCCUCAGUACUUUACACUUGUGGGAUAAACACCUUUCCAUGGUCACCCAUAUGAGCAUUAUAUGGACCAUCUGGAGCGGUUCGAGGAUUUGGUUUCUGCCCUUAAAUUCAAUGGAGUCCCUGACAACUAUCUUCUUUGCAUGCUCUUCAAGUACUCACUUGCUGGAGAUAGUUCGCACUGGUUUACGCAGUUACCACCAGUAUCUCUUACAUCCUUGACUAACAUCAAAAACACAUUCAUUCGUUAUUUCUUUGAUGAGGCACGUGUUGAGGACUUGUGAACCAAGAUUGCUACAUUCACAUAGGAGCCUACAGAGUAUUUCAAAAGCUUAUGAAUCAGAGUCAAGUCAUAUCAGAGGGAUUUUCCACACCAUGGAUUCAAUGAGGUACAACUGCUUAGUACCUUCUUCAUAGGCGUUGCUUUGGGAUACCAGAUGGCUCUAGACACUAACUUCAAAAUAGGAAUCCAGAAAAGGUUGUGAGACUUAUUGAGAACUUUGCAUCUGAUAAUAGCACCAAGAACACUGACUUCGAGGGGAGGAAACUUGCUACUAUCUUUGGAAAAGAACAGAUGGAUGAUGUUAAGGCCAAGCUGGACAGUGUUCACAAGCUUCUUAAGAAGCAUGCCAACUUUGCAAAGGAUGUAGAAGCUGUAGAUGUUGGCGAUGAUGAUGGUGACGUGGAGGAUGUUAACUUCAUCAAUGGUGUUUUCAGAAUCAGAGAUAUGGAAACCAGGGCGGAAACAAGAACUCGUUUGACAACAAUCAGAGGGUUAACUACAAGAAGAGUUCACAGUACCAAAAACGGUACAACCACACUUACAACAACAGCAACGGCAGAGCUUAUGAAAGUUCAUCUUAUCAGAAUCCACCACCACAGACCCAAGAAGCAAUAUGGAAAAGAUGGUUGAUCAGGUUCUGGAGGGUCAGCAAAAGCUGAGAGUGGAUUUCAAUGGGAAGAUAAAUGUUGUUUACACCAACCUGAACACAAAGUUUGAACCUUUAAGCACACAUCUGAAGAAGUUGGAGACUCAGAUGGUUCAGACAGGAGAAGCUGUUAAGAGGCUUUAAGCCUUAAUGAAAAAAGAGAGGAAGCACUAAAACACCAGGUGAGUGCCAUCAUGGAUAAUGAUUUGUGGCAGGUGGUUAAGGAGGAAAAGCUUCAAGAGGGUGAUUCUGGAGUUGAAAGCUCUAUGAGUUUCAGCAGUUCACACUGAUGUCAAUCUACACCAAGAGAGGAGCACCGACGAGAAUCGACCGACACAUCCUGCCAAGCAUCGAUCGACACCAUCUCUGGAGUUAGUUGUAUCUUGCGAGAUAAUGAGGAUCAUGACCCACGAAGAGUUAACGGUUUGACACCCUCAUCUACCCCAACCCUACCGGGUGACCACGGACGAUAUCGAUCGGUAACAUCAAUCAGUAUCCGAUUGACAUAAGGAGUAAGGAAACGAUCGACAAGAGUUCUCCAGAAGUGAUCGACACCCACUUUUCACCUACCGAGUGCGGCUACCUAGCAUCGAUGUGGCCAGACUGAAUGCACACAGACACCCAUCUAAACCUUUAGAGGCAUCAACAAACAUCAACAACCAGCAAUCU